UGUUGUGGUUUGUGAGAAAAUAAAAAUACAAAACAGGGUUUGGCCUGGAAAUGAAAAAGAAUAACAAAAGCCAACCAAAAUUCAGAUUUAUCUAAAAAAAGGUGGUGCAUACAUAAAUUGCUGGCCAAAAGGAAACCAGUAAAGAAAUUCUAAAGGUCACUUGUAUUAACGUUUAAUUGGAAUUGUGGAGCAUUACCAAAAAUGGGCACAAAGAUCGAGUACGUGGACACAACGCAUCUCUAUGCGACGAAAUACAUCCGGAACUCCAAAGCCAUUGCUGUACUGUGGGCCAUAUUUACGAUAUGUUAUGCCAUUAUUGGGAUUGUGGCAUUUGUGACACCAGAAUGGAUUGGUGACCCCGACAAUGAGAGUGCCGGUCGCAUAGGUCUGUGGCAGAUGUGUCAAAAAGACGAGAUCUUCGAUAACUGCAAACGAAAGUGGGAGAAUAUUCUACAAGUGCCAACAUUUUCAUUUCAAUUGGCCACCCUAUUUAUGGCUGCUGCCGUUGCUCUGGCCUUAUUGACGAUAUGUUUCCUAAUAUUUGUAAUUUUCAUGAAAUCGACACGAGUCUUUCACAUUUGCGGUUGGUUGCAAAUCAUAUCAGCUUUGUGCAUGAUUGUUGCCUGUGGUGCUUUUCCCUUCGGUUGGAAUUCCGAUGAUUUCCGCAAGGUAUGCGGACCCGAUGCCAAUCGAUUUGAACUUGGACUGUGUGGCAUCCGAUGGGCCUAUCCUCUGGCCAUUAUUGGUUGCAUUGAUGGUGUGGUGCUGGCAACAUUAGCUUUUAUAUUGGCCACCAGACAUGUGCGCCUGCAACCAGAUCCAAUGUAUCAAAAUUCUCUGUUUAAGGGUGAAAUCAACAACAGUUACAUCACAGAUGGCGUUAGUUUAGCGGGUUCAAGGAAGAAUCUCAAUCUACAACCAAUUCUGUUGGUUGCCCCACCGGGUGAUGAUACUAUUUCCCAAUUCUCGAGUAGAACACCCAACCAUCGAUACAAUCGGCCGGACUAUCACAACUCAAUGCAUCAAUUCUAGUAUCUCCUCUUCUGCUGCUGCUUCUUCAUAUUCUACCAUAUGUAUAUCGGGGACUUAUCAUCGCAAUGAUUGCUUGUGUGUUAUAUUGAGACAAAUUUUUAAACAAUUAGAUUUAAGUUCUGAGUAUACUUCCUCUUCUCUUCGCAGUCUUCUUUUGAAGAUUAGCUAGCUAGCUAUCUGUCUGUCUGUGUGUAACUGCCGUCUUUCUUGCUGAUUUACAUUUACGAUGUAAGUUAAUUUAAAUGUGACAAGUGACAAAUGUAACAAAUUCGUAAUAGGAUAUGCAAGUGUUAUGCCCUUGACUGUUAUUAAUUUAUAAACUAUUUAAGUUGCGUAAACGUUUAUGUGUAUAGUUAUAAAAUAAAAUAUAUAUAAAAAUAAUUUUUAUUUGUGUGUAAAAAUAUGU